AACUCCGCGCCCAAAAUAUGUCAGCGCGAGAAUACAUUGAUAAGCUGAGCAAGUGGGGAUUUUUGGUAUGGAGGUCUAUGAGUCUCGAACUUGGUUAACAAAAAAUGUAAUUGCGAAUGUACUACGUGAAGCUUAUUUGAUCGAACAUAAGUUUCGUAAUGUUUAGGUUUUUACGAAGUACCGAUAUAAAAGUGGACGCGCAUGGCAUUCCGGCAAUGUUAUUAUAUGAGAGUUGUGUUUCUUGUUCACGCGCGUAUGUUCCCACCUGCCUUCCGCCUUUGCGGACAUGUAUUUCUAUUGUUAGAGGGGUCAAUCGACGACCUUGUCAAUAUAAUAGAUACUACUUGCCACCGGUUGACCUGGCCGGAUAAAGUCAUAAAAAAGGAGGAAGAAGAUGGCAGACGAAACGUUAUGUCGCUAGCUUGCUAAACAGUUAUGGCAGUUCAUUCGAUUGAGGCUAGAAAGCGAUAAAUGACAUUUCUGAAAUGUUAGUUAGGUAGCUAACGUUAACUGGUGGCUACCUGGCUAGCUACCGUUAGCUAGCUAGGUAGCUAACAUUGUCCUGUUACAAACUACUUGUUUAACUAGUUCGACAUUUUACGUUAUUGAACUAACGUUACUAAUUUUACGGAAAUGUGUAUAGCAUCAGCUAGACAUUUUACAUUAUUGAACUAACGUUACUAAUUAUACGUAAAUGUGUAUAGCAUCAGCCACUUAGCUUUCUAGUAGCGACCAUCCUAUAGCUUGGCUGUGUAGCGUGAGCUAGCUAGGUUAGGUAAUUUGCUAGGUUAGAUUGUUGUUGCCAGUCAUCACUGUCUUUUAAAAUAACAAAUGGCUGGGUUGGCGACUGUCACCACCCUUCGAUUGCCUAUAGGCAUACGGACAUUCAGUGAGUUGCGAGAUCUCUCUACAUUUGGCAAAAACCGGUUGAAUACAGUGCUGGGGCCAAGAAUACGGAUUAAACAGCCAAUCAGAUAUGUGACAUCUUGUGGCAUCCUUAUGACCAGGACCCCCAGGAUUCUUGUCCAUUUGGACAGGAGGACAACUAUCAUUCCCCCUAGCAGAACCUUCCUUAGUCUGGCCAACAAGAGGAAACAGUAUUCAGAACGAAGAAUCAUUGGUUACUCGAUGCAGGAGAUGUAUGAUGUGGUGGCCAACGUGGACGAUUAUAAGCACUUUGUUCCGUGGUGUAAGAAAUCUCAGUUCAUCAUGCAGAGAGCCAGCCAUGCUAAAGCCAAACUAGAAGUGGGUUUCCCCCCUAUAGUCGAGAGAUACACCUCCAUGAUCACCAAUGUACGCCCUCAUCUAGUCAAGGCUGUUUGCACAGAUGGUAAACUGUUCAACCACUUGGAGACAAUAUGGCGUUUCAGCCCUGGAAUACCUGGUUAUCCCAGAACCUGUACUGUUGAUUUCUCUAUAUCUUUUGAGUUUCGCUCUUUGCUACACUCGCAGUUAGCGACGGUCUUCUUUGAUGAAGUCGUGAAGCAAAUGGUUGUUGCCUUCGAGCGCGGAGCUUGCACCAAGUUCGGCCCAGAGACUAAAAUACCCAGAGAACUCAUGUUCCAUGAGGUGAACCAAACGUGAGCCUCCAUGUGCUUGUACUUAUCUGGGAGAUUACACACGUUUUCCCCACUUUCAACCCAUUGCAUUUUGUGGACGACCAUUAAAUGACUGUUGUUGGACACGGUUGAAGUGGGGAAUGGAUCUACAGCUUGACUGCUUGAACAACACAGCCACCACUUGCAUGUGAAAAGAGCAUCAUUUGAGACUGGACCGUCCUCCGUAUGUACUGGAUUCUUAGGCCAUUUUCCUAUUUAUUGCCAUUUUGCUGCAGAGCCUGAUAUUUACUUUAGCAAAUUACGUAUUUUGAUAGGUGUAAUGAAUUGUCAAUUGACGGUUGGAUGUACUGCAAAAUUCUCCAAAAUGACGGAGGUGGCUUAUGGUAGAGAAAUUAACAUUCAAUUAUUUGGUAACAGCUCUGGUGGACGUUCCUGU